AUGGAGUCAGCCGACGACGUCUUUUCAUCUUCUUCAGAACAGGCAGUCGAUGUCGUUGAUGGCGAUCUCCUUGAAGCGGCCAAGGAGAACAUCCAGCCUCUAGCCAAAGGUCGUCGCGUCACUACGCUCUCGGCCAUCUUGUCCACACCACAUGCCCAAAGAGACGCCCAUCUUCUCGCGGCGAAGCGAAGACACCGCAUCAAUGUCACCAUUGCCCUUGAAGACGAAGACGAUGACCCACUCGAGGCUUACUGCCGAUUCGUGGACUGGACUCUGGAGAACUACCCUCAAGGUCAGAGUGCGGAAUCAGGACUGCUCGAGCUGCUGGAAGAGGCGACGCGGAUCCUAAAGGAUGACAGGGCUGGGAAGUGGAAAAGCGAGAUGAAGUACCUCAAGCUGUGGACAUUGUAUGCCAGCUACGUGGAGAAGCCCGUCAUAAUCUUCAAUUUCCUUCUCGCAAACGACAUCGGCACCACUCACGCACUGCUAUACGAAGAGCACGCGAACGCGUUAGAGAAGGCUGGAAGGCGAACUGACGCUGACAACGCAUACCUCCUGGGUAUCGCCCGGCAAGCCUCUCCUCUCGACCACCUCCAGAGCAAGCAUCGCGAAUUCCAGAAACGCAUGCUAUCUUCUAGAACAGCCCCUCCUCCUGAAUCCGCCGACGCCGUUCCUCCUGCUCCCGCACGACGGGCCCUCCGCUCGGCGUCUGCAUCCUCAUCUCGCAUCCCUUCAUCUACCGCACGCCCCCUUGGCGCAUCCUCCUCCCAAGGCGACGUCUUCGGCGCCCAGCAUCAACAACCAGCCACGCGACCCACGAACGGACGCCUACAAGUCUUUGUCGACCCCACAGGCGCCGAAGCGGGCGACGAGCUCGGGGCGACGAACGCCUACCCUGAGCUCGGGACGCGCAAGACGCGCGUCAAGGAGAACGUGCCCGAGUCACGCAAGGCGAGCGGGACGACGAUCAAGCAGCCCGGCCGGUCGAAGCGUAUCGCGUCGGACUCGCGGGCCUCGUCGACAUCCAAGAUUGUGCCGUUCCGCGAUCCGGAACCGCCAGCGAGCGGCGCCUCGCGGUCUUCAAACUCGGGUUCGAAGAUCGUACCGUUCCGCGAUGCCGAGCCUUCGACGGACAGACCAUCGAAAGCGAAGUCUUCGACUUCUGCCACUAAACUCGUGCCUUUCCGUGACCCAGAGCCACCAGCGAGUGGCUCUUCGUUGAAGUCUUCCGUCUCCGGCUCGAAGAUUGCACCCUUCCGCGACCCAGAACAACCGGCUACUGUGCCUUCGGCGUCGAAGUCAUCCGGCUCGAAGAUGGUGCCGUUCCGCGACUCUGCAGCACCAGCGAGCGGGCCUUCGACGUCAAACACGUCAAAGACUUCCGGAUCAAAGAUGGUGCCGUUCCGCGACCCAGCGCCUGGUGGAUCCUCGGAAGGGGGAAGCAUGCUCCCGCCGCCUGCCCUCAAGGCCUCGGUACUACCUAAGACUCCUGCGCGGCCGACUAUUGUGCCGUUCAGGGACCCAGAGCCCGCGGAGACGCGCACGGCGCCCUCCACACCCAAGUUUACGCCGUUUAGAGAUGACUCUGUCGUGUCUCCGAUGAGUGCCACUGGCAGCGCCCCUGAUACGAUCAUGAAGAUCAAAGGCUCGAAGGGCGCUGUUAUCACUACGGAGGCGGAGGCUCUGAGGAAGGACCCGCUGAAAAAUUAUUCGAGUGCGGAGCCCGGCGUUGAGCACGAUGGUUGAACGUGCCUGAAUGCUGCUAAAUUCUUUUGAGGUAGAUAUGUUUUCGUUGCGUUUGCUUUUCGUUUGGUUCUUUAGUAUUCUUGUCGGCCCUUUUUGGUCGACCGUUAAGUCUACUUACAGUAUAUGUUUGCGCCUUUUGAGCCUGGUAAUUUGGUGUCUGCUUAAACACCGCUGUAUUGUGAUAUUCCCACGUUUGACUCGUAUGUUGAAAAUACAUGUUGCUAAUUC